CUGUGUUAGACAGCAACACACCCGCGGGCACAAACACCACGCCCCCCCCACCCCCCCACCCCAGCUCUCAGACCCCAGUCCCUGUGUGGAUCCAGCAACACAUUCCUCCUGGAGUCUUCUCCUCUUCUUCCACGUGACCGACGGACCAUGGAGUUAUUAAAGAGUGGAAAGUGUUUACUACCAACGUCCUGAUUAACAUUGUUGGCAGAGAGAUCACUGGUUGGUGACCCUGUGGGUGAGGUAAGUGGAAAGCAUUGUUAACCACCAUUUGCUGGGUCUCUGGACCAUAGUAGCUAUAGCAGGAGUUAAAUGGGGAACGGGAUUCUGUCUGGGUUGGAAGUUUGUAACAGUCCCCAAAUCGGUUGCUUAAUCCAUCUUCACAUUAUGCCCUCUCUGCCAACUUGUGCAAACCCAUAUGGUGAAGACUUAUAUUUAACUAAUUUAACACUUACAUUGAAAUGUCUAUUUCAUUAAGUGUUCAUCCCACUUGGCUUCCAAUAACACAUUUACAGAUGUCUGACAAUAAAUGAACUGAAUUUGAAAAAAGGUUCAUAUAUAAUACUGUGCAUUGGGCUCUAUGUAGAGUGUUAGAGAGAGAAGCUUAUAACACAAACAUUCACAGCAAUGAAGUGGCCUAUCUAUACCUGUCUAUUAUCUAUUCCUGUCUAUGAUCUAUUCCUUUCUAUCUAUUCCUGUUUCUAUCUAUUCCUGUUUCUAUCUAUUCCUGUCUAUGAUCUAUUCCCUGUCUCUAUCUAGUCCUGUCUCUAUCUAUUAUUGUCUCUAUCUAUUCCUUUAUAUUAUAUAUUCCUGUCUAUGAUCUAUUCCUGUUUCUAUCUAUUCCCUGUUUCUAUCUAUUCCCUGUUUCUAUCUAUUCCUGUUUCUAUCUAUUCCUGUCUAUUAUCUAUUCCCUGUCUAUAUAUUCCUGUAUAUUAUCUAUUCCCUGUCUCUAUCAAUUCCCUGUCUAUUAUCUAUUCCCUGUCUCUAUAUAUUCCCUGUCUCUAUCUAUUCCCUGUCUCUAUCUAUUCCCUGUCUCUAUCUAUUCCCUGUCUCUAUCUAUUCCUGUCUAUUAUCUAUUCCUGUCUAUUAUCUAUUCCCUGUCUAUUAUCUAUUCAUGUCUCUAUCUAUUCCCUGUCUAUUAUCUAUUCCCUGUCUCUAUCUAUUCCUGUUUCUAUCUAUUCCUGUCUAUUAUCUAUUCCCUGUCUAUCUAUUCCUGUAUAUUAUCUAUUCCCUGUCUCUAUCUAUUCCCUGUCUAUUAUCCAUUCCCUGUCUCUAUAUAUUCCCUGUCUCUAUCUAUUCCCUGUCUCUAUCUAUUCCCUGUCUCUAUCUAUUCCCUGUCUCUAUCUAUUCCCUGUCUAUUAUCUAUUCCCUGUCUCUAUCUAAUCCCUGUCUCUAUCUAUUCCCUGUCUCUAUCUAUUCCCUGUCUAUUAUCUAUUCCCUGUCUCUAUCUAAUCCCUGUCUCUAUCUAUUCCCUGUCUAUUAUCUAUUCCCUGUCUCUAUCAAUUCCCUGUCUAUUAUCAAUUCCCUGUCUAUUAUCUAUUCCCUGUCUCUAUCUAUUCCCUGUCUCUAUCUAUUCCCUGUCUAUAUCUAUUCCCUGUCUCUAUCUAUCCCCUGUCUCUAUCUAUUCCCUGUCUCUAUCUAUUCCCUGUCUAUUAUCUAUUCCCUGUCUCUAUCUAUUCCCUGUCUCUAUCUAUUCCCUGUCUCUAUCUAUUCCCUGUCUCUAUCUAUUCCUGUCUAUUAUCCAUUCCCUGUCUAUCUAUUCCCUGUCUCUAUCUAUUCCCUGUCUCGAUCUAUUCCCUGUCUCUAUCUAUUCCCUGUCUAUUAUCUAUUCCCUGUCUCUAUCUAUUCCCUGUCUAUUAUCUAUUCCCUGUCUCUAUAUAUUCCCUGUCUCUAUCUAUUCCCUGUCUCUAUCUAUUCCCUGUCUAUUAUCUAUUCACUGUCUCUAUCAAUUCCCUGUCUAUUAUCUAUUCAUGUCUCUAUCUAUUCCCUGUCUAUUAUCUAUUCCCUGUCUCUAUAUAUUCCCUGUCCUGGAUCCGGGUGGGGUUCGCCUGUCUCUAUCUAUUCCCUGUCCUAUUAUCUAUUCCCUGUUCCUAUACGUAAGUCCCUGUCUCUAUCUAUUCCCUGUCUCUAUCUAUUCCCUGUCUAUUAUCUAUUCCGCUGUCUCUAUCAAUUCACACCUGUCUAUUAUCAAUUCCCUGUCUAUUAUCUAUUCCCUGUCCUAUCGAUUCCCUGUCUCUAUCUAUUCCCUGUCCUAUAUCUAUUCCCUGUCUCUAUCUAUCCCCUGUCUCUUAUAUAUUCCCCCUGUCCUCUAUCUAUUCCCUGUCUAUUAAUCUAUCUAUUCCCUGUCUCUAUCUAUUCCCUGUCUAUUAUUCUAUUCCCUGUCUUUUUUAUCUUAUUCCCUGUCUCAUCUAUUCCCUGUCUCUAUCUAUUCCCUGUCUUAUCUAUUCCUGUCUAUAUCAUUCCCUGUCUAUCUAUUCCCUGUCUCUAUCUAUUCCCUGUCUCUAUCUAUUCCCUGUCUCUAUCUAUUCCCUGUCUAUUAUCUAUUCCCUGUCUCUAUAUAUUCCCUGUCUCUAUCUAUUCCCUGUCUCUAUCUAUUCCCUGUCUAUUAUCAUUCCCUGUCUCUAUCUAUUCCUGUCUAUUAUCCAUUCCCGUCUAUCUAUUCCUGUCUCUAUCUAUUCCCUGUCUCUAUCUAUUCCUGUCUAUAUCUAUUCAUGUCUCUAUCUAUUCCUGUCUAUCCAUUCCCUGUCUAUCUAUUCCUGUAUAUUAUCAUUCCCUGUCUCUAUCUAUUCCUGUUCUAUAUAUUCCCUGUCUCUAUCUAUUCCCUGUCUCUAUCUAUUCCCUGUCUAUUAUCCAUUCCCUGUCUCUAUCUAUUCCCUGUCUCUAUCUAUUCCCUGUCUCUAUCUAUUCCCUGUCUAUUAUCCAUUCCCUGUCUCUAUCAAUUCCCUGUCUAUUAUCCAUUGCCUGUCUCUAUCUAUUCCUGUUUCUAUCUAUUCCCUGUCUCUAUCUAUUCCCUGUCUCUAUCUAUUCCCUGUCUAUUAUCCAUUCCCUGUCUCUAUCUAUUCCCUGUCUCUAUCUAUUCCCUGUCUCUAUCUAUUCCCUGUCUAUUAUCCAUUCCCUAUCUCUAUCUAUUCCCUGUCUAUUAUCUAUUCCCUGUCUCUAUCUAUUCCCUGUCUCUAUCUAUUCCCUGUCUAUUAUCUAUUCCCUGUCUCUAUCUAUUCCCUGUCUCUAUCUAUUCCCUGUCUCUAUCAUAAUUAUAUAUUCCCUGUCUAUCUAUCUAUUCCCUGUCUCUAUCUAUUCCCUGUCUCUAUCUAUUCCCUGUCUCUAUCUAUUCCCUGUCUAUUAUAUAUUCCCUGUCUCUAUCUAUUCCCUGUCUCUAUCUAUUCCCUGUCUCUAUCUAUUCCUGUCCCGAAGCACAGAUGAGCCCUGGCUGGUACAAACCCAGUCAGUUUAGUUAUGCCUGUGUGUCUGUAUUCUCCCUGUCUUUGUCUGAUGCUGGUGACAACACCAAUUUUCCCUCAGAGGAUCUAUAAAGUUUAUUCAUUAAUUUAAUUAUAGCCCCCUCCUCUCUCUCUCUCUCUCUCUCUCUCUCUCUCUCUCUCUCUCUCCUCUCUCUCUCUCUCUCCUCUCUCUCUCUCUCUCCUCUCUCUCUUCUCUCUCUCUCUCUCUCUCUCUCUCUCUCUCCUCAGAUUGGGGAGUUGUAACGGUUACAUCUAUAGUACCAGUAUGGUCCUAGACCGUAUCAACACACCCACCAACGCUCUCAAAAUGAGUCUAAUGGACGUCUCCAAGAUCUUCUCUCUGCUUCAGCCCAAGGAAGAGGAUGAGGAGGACAGUGAGCAUGGCCAGGUAAAACCAAUGAGCUUGCAGUGCUUUGUAACUUAGCAACCUAUCACUGGGACAGCAUCAGUAGACUUGCACAGCAUCAGACUCACUGGGAAGAUUGUAAGGGGGUGACUUCCCAAGUCUACAUGGGUGUGACCUAACCAGGGUCGUAUUCAUUAGGAACACCGUAGCAAAACGUUUCAAAAUUAUGUCCAACAGAAAACAAGCAUAUCUUAUUGAACAAGUUUAGAUAGUACCUCCCUGUUUCUGUUUUCUUUUGUUUUGAGUGUGGUGAACACAUUUACAUUUUAGUAAUUUAGCAGACGCUCUUAUCCAGAGCGACUUACAGUUAGUGAGUGCGUACAUUUUCAUACUGGCCCCCUGUGGGAAACGAACCCACAACCCUGGCGUUGCGAGCGCCAUGCUCUACCAACUGAGCUACAGGGGACUAUACCACCCAGCAGUGCAACCCAAUAACACUGUGUCUAUGGUACAUGGAUGUAUAAUACUCCUCUGUUCCCCAGGCUCUGAACCAGGCGGUGAGCAGUGAUGACGUGGUGGUGUUAGCUGAGCUGUUAUCCCAGGAGAGCUACAGAAGGAGUAUCAACAGCAGAAGUGGCUGGGGGAUCCCUGUUACCCCCCUACGGACCGCCGCAGCACAUGGCCACCUGAGGUGUCUGGAACUGCUGCUGGAGCACGGAGCCGAGGUGAGAUAUGGUGAUAGAAUACCUUGGCCUAGCUUCUCCAACUGACGCCUACUCCUGACAUGGACUAAAAAAAACAUGGUUUAUUUUAGUCUGCACUUUUAGAGUUAAGGUUGAUUCAAACAACAGUCAUUUACUCUAUGCUACUGUAUAAGCACGUCGUGACAACUGCUGAUGUAAAAAGGGCUUUCUAAAUAAAUGUGAUUUAGCCUAUUGAUUAAUUCUUGUUUGGUGAUUGAUUGGUUUUGCAGGUGGACAGUCUAGAUGUGAAGGCCCAGACCCCUCUGUUUACCGCGGUCAGUGGUAAACACCUGGACUGUGUUGUGGUCUUACUAAAGGCUGGAGCCGACCCCAACGGCAGCCCGUACAACAACUGUUCCCCGGUGCUGACCGCCGCCCGCGAGGGAGACGUGGAGGUCCUCAGGGAGCUGCUUCAGUUCGGAGCCGAGGUCGACGUCUGGCCCAAAGUCCCUGAGUGGGCCUCCAACGCCACAGCCUGCAGGGGACCCCUGUACAUAUCCGCUGUAUAUGGACACCUGGACUGCUUUAAACUGCUGCUGCUCCAUGGGGCUAAUCCUAACUAUAACUGUAAGUCAGAGAAGAUGCUGGCCAGGAUCAAGCAGCCCAAGACGGUGCUGGAGAUGUGUCUGAGGUAUGGCUGUGGAGUGGAAUACAUACAGCUGCUCAUAGACUUUGGGGCAGACGUGUAUCUGCCCACGCUGAUUAUUGACAAGACCACCAAGCAGAACGAAGCCGUGGUGCUGCUGCUCAAGGAGAGAGGUGAGAACAACACACACACACUUGUUAAACAUUUGUUUUAUAUUUGUUAAACAUUUGUUUCAUAUUUGUUAAACAUUUGUUACAGAUUUGCUACAUUUCUUGCACAUAAGUUAUACAUUUGUUACAUAUUUGACUGUCACAUAUUCCGUCUGUUCUGUAUCUCUAAGUGAUUGAUGGUUGUUAAUGAUCAGAACUUUGGAGCGUUUAACAAGAACCUCUUCUGUGUUUUAUGUCCAGUUUGUCCCAAUACUCUGAUGUCACAGACACGGCUUGCGAUUCGGAGCUACCUCCCCAUGGUUAACAAAAUGGCGUCCAUAGACCGCUUGGACAUUCCCCAGAUACUGAGGAACUACCUGAAACAUCUCACCUGACCUCUAACUCCUUAUCUCUGAACUCUGUGUGAAGAUGAUGUCGUGAAUGGAUAUCCUAUAUGGCUGUGUCUCAAUAGUCUACAGUGGAUUCC